GGGGCGCCGCCGCCGCCGCCCCCUCGCACAUGAAGAUGUACGCGCAAAGGGCUCUGGUGCUGCUCUCGCUGCUGAGCUUCGCCACCGUGAGCCUCGCGCUGUCCUCCUGCACCACCUUGGACCUCGAGCACAUCAAGAAGAAGCGGGUGGAGGCCAUCCGGGGGCAGAUCCUGAGCAAGCUGCGGCUCACCAGCCCCCCGGAGAGCGUGGGGCCGGCCCACGUGCCCUACCAGAUCCUGGCGCUCUACAACAGCACCCGCGAGCUGCUGGAGGAGAUGGAGGAGGAGAAGGAGGAGAGCUGCUCUCAGGAGAACACCGAGUCCGAGUACUAUGCCAAAGAGAUCCAUAAAUUUGACAUGAUCCAGGGCCUCCCCGAGCACAAUGAGUUGGGCAUUUGCCCAAAAGGUGUCACCUCCAAUGUGUUCCGGUUUAACGUGUCCUCAGCAGAGAAGAACAGCACCAACCUGUUUCGAGCAGAGUUCCGGGUGCUACGUGUGCCCAACCCGAGCUCCAAGCGCAGCGAGCAGCGCAUUGAGCUCUUCCAGAUCCUGCGGCCGGAUGAGCACAUAGCAAAGCAGCGCUACCUCAGUGGCAGGAAUGUGCAGACACGGGGCUCCCCUGAAUGGCUGUCCUUUGAUGUCACCGAGACCGUGCGUGAGUGGCUUCUGCACAGAGAGUCCAACCUUGGCCUGGAAAUCAGCAUACACUGCCCUUGCCAUACUUUUCAGCCCAAUGGGGACAUCUUGGAGAAUUUACAUGAGGUCUUGGAGAUCAAAUUCAAAGGCAUUGACAGUGAAGAUGACUAUGGCCGUGGGGACUUGGGGCGCCUGAAGAAGCAGAAGGACUUGCAUAAUCCCCACCUCAUCUUGAUGAUGUUACCCCCACAUCGCCUGGAGAGCCCAACACUGGGAGGCCAGAGAAAGAAGCGGGCCCUGGAUACCAACUACUGCUUCCGGAACCUGGAGGAGAACUGCUGCGUGCGUCCUCUUUACAUUGACUUCCGACAGGAUCUGGGCUGGAAAUGGGUCCACGAGCCUAAAGGCUACUUUGCAAACUUCUGUUCGGGCCCAUGUCCGUACCUCCGCAGUGCAGACACCACUCACAGCACGGUGCUGGGCUUGUACAACACGCUGAACCCUGAGGCAUCUGCUUCACCCUGCUGCGUCCCACAGGACCUGGAGCCACUGACGAUCUUGUACUAUGUCGGGAGGACACCCAAAGUGGAGCAGCUCUCCAACAUGGUGGUGAAAUCCUGCAAGUGCAGCUGAAAGGCACUCUGGGCUGCCCAAAGCCUAGAGAGAAACUGUCAGCAUCCAUUCUGCUCCAAGGCUAGCACAAAAGGAACUGGAGGUCAGAGACUAUGCAUGCAGAGGGCCGAGUGCUAAACCCUGUGGCUUUGGGUCUGGCAGUCCUUGGGAAUCUCUUCUGGAACAUUUCUCGGUCUUGUUGCCAGUGUCACGUUCCCUCUGGGAGUUACUUUGACGACACAAAGGCCACACUCCAAAAUGACUGGACAGUUGAUGCGGAAGAGAAAGACAGAGUGAAGGAACUGCUGUGUAUUUGAAUGCUGGGAUAGUUGAACUGGGAAGGCGAGGGAUGAGAAAGAGCAGUUAAAAGGAGGGAUUGGAAAUGAAGCAGUGUUUCCCCUUCUUGCUGUAGCCCCCUUGGGACCUCUGCCCUCCCCAGUGGCCUGAAGAAUUAUGAAGGUUUUCCCUCCUGCAGGAGAAAAUCCUGGAAUUUUCUUUAGAGAAAGAAAAUGCACCGAGAAGCUGCUCAGAGAAGAGAUGCUCAGAGAUACACAUAGACUUGCGUUCCUCAGAACUGUGAUCCAGGAGACCUGUAUCUACAGUUGUGUUUCUGCCAGACCUGUAACUUCAGUUGGCAGACCCUGGCUAUUGGUUUCCAAAAGCAAACUGCAUGGCCCCCAUUCAGCCUGCUGAGGUGGGCAAAGGCAAGCAGAGAAGGUACUGAGCCCAUUUUAAGGAGGACUGAUGUCUCUAUUCAGCUCUUUUCCUUUUCUGGAGUUUCUGAAAGAUGGCUUCAGGGUCAGGGCAAGAGCAUUAUCUGGGGGGCACCUGGAUUUUGGAGCCAUUCACUCAUGAUCUGAUAACACCCUGAGGACCUUUUGUCUGUUGUGGUUUGUGAUCUCAACGUGGCCCAGGCCUCACCUGCCAAGACUUAAAAAAGAAAAACUAUUAAUCUCAAAAACAUUGUAAAAAAUAAAUAUUUGGGGGGGGAGAUGGUUGUUUUUUUCUUCCCCACCACCUUUCCUCCCCCCACAGGGAUGCUGUUGAAGGGUUAGAUGUUUUUUUGCUUUUAAACUGCUACUACUGUGGCAUACUUGGUCACUUUAAAAUCUUUCCCUUUUCUUGAGUAUCUCUUCAAGGAAAUGGGCAGAAUUUAGGUCAGCCAGAGAGCUCAGAAUGGAAAUUCCUUUGUACCUUCAAACAGUGUCUGCUGUGUAUGUGCCCUGUCCUCCUCUGGUCCCUCUGACAGACAUGUCACCUCUCACAUCUGAUUUUGAUAGAUUUAUAUAAAGCACCCCUCAAAAAUAAAA